ACCUUCCUUCCCUCUCUUCACACCCUAUCAUUACAAAGCUUUCAAACACCAUCUCUCUCUCUCUCUCUCUGAAACCCUAUUUUUCUCUACCUUUGAUUUGUCUCAAUGAGAUUUUGCUUGCUGAGUAUGAUGUUCUUUGCUGCUGCCUAGAAAGUGAGUUUCUUCUUGGGUUGGAGCUUGCGAAGGCGGGAAAGAAGAUGAUCGAGGACGUGAUUCGCGACCCCGAACAAGUGCAACUUCCGAUCGAGGAACUUUCAAGCCCUCUGAGUGCUCAGUUGCUUGAGUACUGUGAGGCAGAGCUAUUGGGAAGCGAAAUCAUACGAAGUUCUGAGACAACCUCAUCCUCAAACCGUUGCUAUGAAGACAACGCCUUCAACAAUCAUGUCUGCUUGCCACCGGACGCCGAAAACAUCAGUAGCUUUCAAGACAACAAUGGUAGUGGUAAUGUCAACAGCACCACGUUGAUGACAGCUCCAUCCACCAGCAAUAACGUCUCCACCAAUAUAGCUCAGAACAGCAACUCCAAUUUCUCGGCGCUCUUCGAUGAUUCCCCGGUCGACGAAGUCGACGACAUAUCCGCCUCGAUCGACUUCUCCACCUCCCCUCCCUUUUACGUCCCUCCGUUCUCCGGCGCUGCUCAACAAGAGCAUCAAUUCGACUUCUCUCCACCGCAACCUCAAAUCCCAUUAACCGAUCACGUCGUCAACGGGAUUAUUUCCCCGUACGCACCGCCGUCAACCAACCAGGCAGGAGGAAUGUUACGCCAGGCUCUGCCCCCCAUCGUCGAAGACUGCCUAUCUUCCGUCCCGUCUUACCUCCCUUUGAGUCGGCCAUCGCCUUCUUGCGCUUUUCUAGGCCCAAACAACUGUGGGGCUCAUAGCCCUAUACCUGGGAACUUGAGUGGUGCUCUAUGUGGUGACACUUCUGGGAUGUUCUUGGGAAGUCUUCUUGAACUCCAAGCACCAGAGCUGGAUUUUCGAGGAGAUGGCGCCAGGAUGUAUUACCCGAACCCAAACCAGCAGAUAUUGAUCAAUCAGGGCGACAUACAGGCAUUUAAUAUUGAAAGUCAAAAGCUGCUUAAUGGCCCGGCGAGCUCUUCUUCACCAUUGGCGACAGAGGUUUCGAACUUUGAGGAUUCAGCAUACAAAGUGGGGAAGCUCUCCACUGAGGAAAGGAAAGAGAAGAUCCAUAGGUACAUGAAGAAAAGGAAUGAAAGGAACUUCAGCAAGAAAAUCAAGUAUGCUUGUCGCAAAACUCUAGCAGAUAGUCGUCCUCGGGUGAGAGGAAGAUUCGCGAAGAACGACGAGCUUGGAGAGGCCUCUAGACCUUCUUCUAGUAAUCAUGAUGACGAUGACGAUGACGAAGUUGCAGUGAAGGAGGAGGAGGAAGUGAUGGAUUCUUCGGAUAUCUUUGCUCAUAUCAGCGGCUUAAAUUCCUUCAAAUGCAACUACCCAAUCCAAUCAUGGAUCGGACCAACCUCAGGAUAUUGACUGUGCCUGCAAUAAGCAAUUUUGGAGGACCCUGGUUCGGUCAGGAUUUGGCUUUUCCCUGGUUCAGGGAAGGAAAUGAGUGAGGUCUUGGUAGGAAGAUGUUAGCUUCAACUAGAAUAACGUAAGAGAGCAAUGAGAAACCUAGUUUGUUCUGCUUUUUUCUUUUCCCCUUUCUUCCUUUGAUAUUGCAAAUGACAGUUUACAAAGAGAAAAUACAUGUGAUUUGUGCAUG